AUGAGCCAGGGCGGCGGCGCCCCCGGCGAGAGCGGCGAGCCCGAGGCCAAGGUGCUGCACACGAAGCGGCUCUACCGAGCGGUGGUGGAGGCUGUUCAUCGGCUCGACCUCAUCCUUGGCAAUAAGGCAGCCUAUCAGGAGGUCUUCAAGCCCGAGAACAUCAGCUUGAGGAACAAGCUGCGGGAGCUGUGUGUGAAGCUGAUGUUCCUGCAUCCGGUGGAUUAUGGGAGAAAAGCAGAAGAGCUGCUCUGGAGAAAGGUUUACUAUGAAGUUAUCCAGCUCAUUAAAACAAAUAAAAAGCACAUUCACAGCCGGAGCACCCUGGAGUGYGCCUACCGGACUCACUUAAUCGCCGGCAUCGGAUUUUACCAGCACCUUCUCCUCUACAUCCAGUCUCACUAUCAGCUGGAGCUGCAGUGCUGUAUUGACUGGACCCACGUAACGGACCCGCUCAUCGGCUGUAAGAAACCCGUGUCUGCGUCGGAGAAGGAGAUGGAGUGGGCACAGAUGGCGUGUCACAGAUGUCUGGUUUAUCUGGGAGAUCUAGCUCGCUAUCAGAACGAGCUGGCGGGUGUGGACACUGAGCUGCUGGCCGAGCGGUUUUACUAUCAAGCACUUUCUGUUGCACCACAAAUCGGGAUGCCCUUCAAUCAGCUGGGGACACUGGCGGGAAGCAAAUACUACAAUGUGGAAGCCACUUAUUGCUACUUACGCUGUAUCCAGUCUGAAGUGUCCUUCGAAGGGGCCUACGGGAACCUGAAGCGGCUGUACGACAAAGCGGCCAAGAUGUAUCACCAGCUGAAGAAGUGUGAAACCAGGAAGCUGUCCCCGAGCAAGAAACGAUGCAAAGACAUAAAGAGGUUGCUGGUGAGCUUUAUGUACCUGCAGAGCCUUUUGCAGCCGAAAAGCAGCUCUCUGGAUUCCGAGCUGACAUCCCUCUGCCAGUCGGUGCUGGAGGAUUUCAACCUGUGCUUGUUCUACCUGCCUUCUCCUCCGAAUCUAAACUCCACUAGCGAAGAUGAAGAGGAGUACGAGAGCGGCUAUUCCUUCCUUCCCGAUCUCCUCAUCUUCCGCAUGGUCAUCAUCUGCCUCAUGAGUGUCCACAGCCUCAAGAGGGCAGGUUCAAAGCAGUACAGCGCAGCCAUCGCGUUCACGCUGGCCCUCUUCUCCCAUCUGAUAAACCACGUCAAUAUUCGCCUGCAGGCAGAGCUGGAAGAAGGGGAAAAUCCAGUCCCAGCCUUUCAGAGUGAUGGCACAGAUGACCAGGAGCCACGGGAGCCCUUGAACUCCAUCGAGAAGGAAGCUGAGGCUGCCUUGGCCAAUCACCAGCCCAGCGAAGACCAGCAGAAGAACGACUGCAAGAAAAGCAAGAAGUACUCGCGCCUGUCCUGCCUGCGCCGCCGCCGGCACCCCCMGAAGGUGGACGAGAGCGACCUGAGCGAGGGCUUUGACUCCGACUCCAGCCAGGGCUCCACAAAGGGCAGCGAUGGCUCCGAAAGUGGCUCCGAGAAGAGCGAUGAGGAGGCGGAAGCUGCUUUUGACGUGGAGACGGACUCUGACAUGAACAGCCAGGAAUCCCGUUCCGACUUGGAGGACAUGGAGGAUGAGCCGGGGGAGGAGGGAAGUGGCCGAGGCAAAAGUAGGCCUGAAGAGGCCUUAAAAAACUGUGUGGAUGGCAGUGGGCUGGGGGACUCCAAGAGCCCGAGUGUCUCUAAACUCGAGACCCCAGAUCCAGCAGCCAACGGGCCGGGUUCCCUGAGCACCAGCGACGCCAGCAUAGCCAGUAACCUCCAGGCCAUGUCGACCCAGCUCUUUCAGACCAAGCGCUGCUUUCGCUUGGCUCCCACUUUCAGCAAUAUCCUCCUGAAACCAAGCGGCGAGCCCGGCCUGAAGGACGGAGUAGACAGCAAGCCGUGUGUCAACGGGGAUCUGGAGAAGCCCGGCUUGGCAGAACAAGAUGAUGUGUCCGACUCUGAAGAAAGCAUUUCAAGCAACAAAUCCUGCAGGAAUGAACGAUCCCUUCAGGAGAAGCUGGAGAUUGUGACCAACGAGGGGUUGCUUCCCACUGUCAAGGUGUUCCUGGACUGGCUGAGGACAAACACGGACCUCAUCAUCAUGUGUGCACAGAGCUCUCAGAGCCUGUGGAACAGGCUGUCUGUGCUCCUGAACCUUCUGCCGUCCGCUGCAGACCUGCAGGAAUCGGGGCUGGCCCUGUGUCACGAAGUCCAGGACAUGCUGAGCGGCUCCGAGCUCCCCGACCCGAGCGCCAGCUUGCUGCUCCCCGAAGACGUGGCCCUGCGCAAUCUGCCCCCGCUCAAAACCGCRCACAAGAGGUUUAACUUCGAGCAGGACCGACCCAUUUUCUCAGCGGUGGAGGAGUCUGUGGUUCGGAUUUGCUGCAUUCGGAGCUUCGGCCACUUCAUUACCCGCUUGCAAGGCAGCAUCCUGCAGUUCAACUCGGAGCUGGGCAUCUUCAUCAGCAUCGCUCAGGCGGAGCAGGACAACCUGCUGCACCAGGCCCAGGCCCAGUUUCACAUGGCUGCAGAGGAAGCUCGGCGGAACAGGUUGAUGAGAGACAUGGCGCAGCUCCGGCUGCAGCUGGAGGUCUCUCAGCUGGAGGGAAGUCUCCAGCAGCCCAAGGCGCAGUCGGCGAUGUCUCCGUACCUCGUCCCGGACACCCAGGCCCUCUGCCAGCACCUGGCUGUUGUCAAGCAGCUGGCAGCCAGCGGGAGGUUCAUAAUCAUCAUUCCCCGGACAGUGAUUGAUGGCUUGGACUUCCUGAAGAAGGAGAACGCAGGUGCUCGGGACAGCAUCCGCUAUCUGGAGGCGGAAUUUAAAAAGGGAAACAGGUACAUUCGUUGCCAGAAAGACGUUGGGAAGAGCUUUGAGAGGCACAAAUUGAAGAGACAGGAUUUAGACGCCUGGAACCUCUAUAAAAUCCUGGACAGCUGCAAGCAGCUGACGGUGUCCCAGGCGAGCGGAGAGGACGACACCACGGGAAUGGUCACCAUCAUCACGGGCUUUCAGCUGGAGGACCCGAGCGCGUUCUCCGUGCCCAUGCAGUCUGCCCUGCAGGCAGCCGCCACCGCCAGCGUGGAGAUAAAAAACGUUCUGGAGUUCUACAAGCAGUGGAAAGAGAUGGGCUGACGUUCGCAAGGGCAUCGGGUUGGUGCACCUUUCUCUCCCCCUCUCGGAACGUGCAGCGUCUGAACGAAGGAAACAAAACUCCA